CUGACAAUAGAUGGAUGAUAAAGGGAAGAUAAUCAAUCCAUACAUCCAGAUCAACACUGAAGAGGAUAUGGGAACACUAACGAGCUUACGCGUCUACAGAGGAUUGUCACUGUGAUGCUCUUUCUACUGAAUCCAGAGGCGAGCUGCACGUUUCUCACAUCGUUACUUCACCGGUCGGAGGCUUUUGAUCAUCAUCAUCAUCAUCAUCAUCAUCAUCAUCUCUGUGUUCAUAUGUAUCUGCGUGACCCCUGCAACACCCUUACCAUUCAGCAUUUUUAAGGACUCCUUCCACAGAGACAGACUUUCACCUCCAGACCCGGGGGACGAAAACCUUCAAGCACAAACCAUUCGCUUUACUGCUUUUGUGAAAGCGCACACACAGGAACAGACAAUUUCCUGACAAUGUCAUUCUCUGGCUAACCUCAACACCACUGGAUGAAAGCUCAUGGAGAAACGUGUCUAGUUCUGGGAGCGAGAUGCAUCUCCUCAGGACGAAAUGAUCCGAUUCAGGUUGCUGUUGUCCUUAAUGGCGUUUAUGAUGAGAAGAUGGAAGGUGUUGGUGGUGCUGAACGUGUUCGUGGUAGCUGGCUUCGUCACUUUUUGGGGAAAGUGUGAUGUACGGCCGAACAAAAUUGUUAACGGUCACUCUCGCCUCAACGGAUCUUCUUCGGACCCAAGCGUGAGUCAUGAGGUCCUGCUGAAGAGGCUUGGCUCAUUGGAAGAUGUGGUCUACAGACAGCUAAAUGGUUUGUCCAAAUCUCUUGGGCUUAUUGAGGGCUUCAGAGGCCAGGGCAAAGGUGGCUUUCCUUCCACACUGACACCUGAGGAGGAAAAGCAAGCCAAAUACCUGCAGGAGAAGUACGGCUACAAUGCAUUCCUGAGUGACAGGAUUUCUCUGGACAGGUCCAUCCCGGACUAUCGGCCCAGCAAGUGCAAAAACAUGUUUUAUCCCAGAGACCUGCCCCAGAUCUCCCUUAUAUUCAUCUUUGUGAACGAGGCGCUGUCGGUGAUCCUGCGAUCUGUGCACUCGGCCGUCAAUCACACUCCACCUCAUCUGCUGAAGGAGAUCAUCCUAGUAGACGAUAACAGCGAUGAUGAGCAACUGAAAGGGCCACUUGAAGAAUAUGUCAACAAACGGUAUCCAGGCCUUGUCAAAAUCGUGCGCAAUCAGAAGCGAGAGGGCCUCAUCCGUGCUCGCAUCGAGGGCUGGAAAAUGGCCACAGGGGAGGUGACAGGCUUUUUCGAUGCCCACGUAGAAUUCACUCCUGUUUGGGCUGAACCAGUUCUGUCCAGAAUUAAGCAGGACCCCAAGAGGAUCAUCCUACCUUCAAUAGACAACAUUAAACAUAAAUCAUUUGGCCUGGAACGCUACGAGAACUCAGGCCAUGGUUUCAACUGGGAGCUGUGGUGCAUGUACAUCAGUCCUCCAAAACAAUGGUGGGAUGAGGGAGAUACCUCGGCACCCAUCAGGACGCCUGCAAUGAUAGGCUGUUCAUUCGUGGCAAACCGGCACUACUUUGGAGAGUUGGGUCUGCUGGACUCGGGCAUGGAUGUCUAUGGUGGAGAAAAUAUAGAGCUUGGAAUUAGGGUUUGGAUGUGUGGAGGAAGUAUGGAGGUCUUGCCAUGCUCUCGGGUGGCUCACGUCGCCAGAACGAAGAAGCCGUACCACAGCAACAUCGCUUUUCACACCAGGCGCAAUGCACUGCGGGUGGCUGAAGUAUGGUUGGACGAGUACAAGUCUAAUGUCUACCUGGCUUGGAACAUUCCAACAGUGAACCAUGGCAUUGAUUAUGGGGACAUAUCAGAGCGUGUGGCACUGAGGAAAAAAUUGCAGUGUAAAAACUUUGAGUGGUACCUCGAUAAUAUCUACCCAGAGAUGAGGCGAUACAACAACACUCUGUUUUAUGGAGAAAUUCGCAACUCCAACGUGACCCAUCUGUGUGUGGAUCAGGGUGUGAAGGAGAACCACACAGCAACCCUUCACCCUUGCCACGGUUGGAAUCCACAGCUUGGACGCUAUACUAAGGAGGGAUACCUGUUUGUGGGACCUUUGGGAAGCACUGGAGAUGACACCAGCUGUGUGAUUGAUGACAUGAUCAGCAGCUUCCCUCAGCUUGUCAACUGCGACAAAGUCGCCAACAUAGGCCAAAAGACAUGGAACUUUGUACAGAAUGAAUCGAUUGUGAACCGGGCCACAGGUCGCUGCCUAGAGGUGGUAAAGGCCAACGUCUCCUUCGGCUACGCGCUGGUUCUGCAGGCCUGCACUAGCCAGAGGUGGAACAUCAAAAACGCCAUGAGGAAGCAACAGGGACUCUGAGGGACUCUGAGUGAGUCAGACCCAUCAUAUAAGACUGGUACACACAAAAAGCUAGAAGUCUUGAUAGGAACUACAAGGGUCUGCUUUCAGCUUUGGGUCUGAAGUGACUGAAUGAUAUUUUAUUGGGCGAGAGCUGCUCUCAGUAGAGGAGUGUGCAAUACAUGCGAGAAAAACUGCACACUCAGCCUUCUGAGUUCAGUCCUCUACAGAACAAGGGGUUUUUUAUUAGAAAUAUGCGUGUUCCUCAAAAAGAGUGGCCAUCUACUACAAACUUUAAUGACUUUUUUUUUUCUUAAAUGCCAAAAAGAUUUUCUAAGAGUCAUGCUGUGGAGCAAAACAGGUUAAAGAAGUUAUAAUAACAGCAUUCCAUAUCAAGUAAAACCUUUUCUUCAGGGUGCUACAAACUACAUUGAGCUCGUUUUUUUCGUUAUUAUUAAGUGGUCUCUUUCUUCUAUUUGAAUUAAGAUGUUUGACUAUUAUUGACUUUGUCAUGGACUUAAGUAUUUCUGUUGAUUUGUCUCGAACACAUUCAUUACCCCAGUGGAAAAUACUCAUUUACAAGCGUUUGUGACGGUGGAUGUGUACGGUAAUUUGCUUAAGUUUUACUGUUUGUUGUAGAUAUUAUUUUUAAAAAUCUUUUACAGCGUCAACCCCGUUAAUAAGACGUUUUCUUUUUAAGCAAAGUAACAGACUCUGUUAGUGACUUAAACACUCAGUAGCAUGACCUUUUAAUAUGCAAAUGGGAAUUAAUUAUAGGGAUAGUAAUAUAUAUUAGGUACAGUAAGAUAUUUUUGAAUUUUAGAGUGAGUGUAAUAGGACGUGUAAAUGAAUAUGAGCUACUGCUGCUCAUGGUCAAAUGGUUUGGUUAUGGAAAUUCUCCCAUACUGUCUUCCAUUAAAUUGAAAUAAAAUUUGAAAUAAAAUCGUGAACGACUCUGCUUGUGUAGGGUAAUGUAUGGAGUGACUACAUUUCAUGUUUCAUCGACUUUACAAACAUUAAAAGCAAAUCACAAGUGAGUUAAAUUACAAUCCUAAAAAGGGAUCAACAAAGCACAACCAAGUUAUAUGUUAAUUACGGUGACUACAUAAAUAAACUGAAUUAUUUAUGCUUCUAAUAAGAAAAGAAUAGAACAUAUAUCCCCACCCCCUGAACCCCCACCCCACCCCCCACAUAAUCUCCGGACCAAAAUAAUAUACAUUUUCCAAGUCCACAUCUUUAAAAGGCUGCAUGAAGCGGUUAGGUCUGUGCCCGUCAAAUGCAUGCCAUGAGGUGUUUGGUCAUUGGUGAUGAACAGUGUGAAGCGAACACGGUGCGAUCAUGUGAUACUGAGAUUCACAGAACCAAAGUGUACAUUUUCCGCCACAAUCCUUCCUUCAGUGACACUAAAGAAGUCCUAACUGCAAAGGCCAUGGACUGUGCAUGCUAAUAAGGCUGGCACUGAGACAAGGCCAAACAGUUUCUGACACCUGUUAUUUAAAAUUCAGUCAAACAUUGUCACGUCCACCAUAAACAGCAAAGUCCACAGCAUGCCGCAUAGUCCAAAAACCUCAUUUGUACUGCAUUUCUAAGGCAUAUUUCCAGGAUUCUUACUUCCUGUGUUCCUAGACAUACUCCGAUUAACUCUGCUUGUGAAUUCUGCCUGCCUGGGUUUUUGGCCAACACUAACAACACUAAUGUCAUGUUCUUGGUUUAAUAUAUUUACAAUUAUAUCAAUAAUUAAAAUUUCAUUAAAAUGCAUAAAUGCUCGUUUGGUGUGUCGAUACAGAUCACUCAUCGGGUUAUGGGUGUAUGGAAGUAAAUAAUCUUGCUGUAGCUCCACCAAGUGGACGCUUGAUAAAUUCGGGAAGUCAUAUAUGUAUCGGAUGUGUAAUUAUUAUAUUUAAUGUCCAUUGUUUUAUUCUAUUCUAUUCUUUUCAAGGGCAAACAUACAUAAAAAAACACAAUAGUAUUUGCACAAAGUCAAAUACAAACACUUAUAAUGUAAAUUUACCAAACAAACUACAGAAAGUGCUUCAUAAGCCUUCCCAUUCUGUAAACUGUUUGAAGAAGGUCUAGAAAGUAAAUGUUUGCGCCUGAAACCAUGAUUGUUCCAUGUUUGCUGAGCUCUGAUGUAAGCUUUGGGCUGAUGUAAGCUCACAAAAUCAGCUUACAUAUAGCCUGUUUCAUCAAGAUUGAUCUUACUCCUGGUGCUGAACACUACCAUAAAUGAUA